UGUGGGAAACUGAAUUCGCUCAUCAUGUUUUCCGGCGUCGCGGUGGGAACACCUGAAUCGCUGGGCGGAGGCCAGUCCCAGGGUCGGGAAAAGAAAACACUGCGCUACAGUAAAACCGGCAGAAACUAGACCGGAGUGACCAGAAAGUUUCAUUAGACCACGAGGCAAUGGAACAGCUGGGCUAAAUUGUUGGGGGAGAAAUCUGAGUUCUAAACAGCUCCUGGGAUCAUAAGAGCAACUCUAGUCUAGCAUCUGUUAUCAUUCUCUGCCUGGUCCUCACUCGUCUCCGACCGCUGCCUCGCGCGUUCAUAACCUACACGGAGAGCUUAACUUUUCACCGUUUAACGUUAAUACAGAAGGACCGUAGAAAUCUGACAUCACUUUCCCGCAGUCCUACGUCUAGUGGUCUAGUGCCCUGUCCUAAUAACAGCGUCCUGGGAGGGGAAAAAAAAAAAAAAAAAACACCCACCACAGAAGGUGUGCGCGCGGGCUGCGAUGGCGCUCCGCACGCUUUCCCUCGCGCUCACCUUUUGCGCGCCCUUCGCGGUCCUCGCGUCGACGUCUGCGCGAGCUGCGAAACAUAGGCCACCGUUUCUGGUCUCGGAGGGUGUGUGGCCACAGGACUGCAUUUUGGACUGUGUUAGGGGUCGCCACAGAGCAGUGUGUGGCACCAAUGGGCAACUCUACAAGUCCCUAUGCGCCUUCAAAAGAGCGCAGUGCCUCAACAGCCAACUAAGAAGUGUGCCACUGGCAAAUUGCAUGGACAAUAGAGAAAGUAAGAGAGUGGAAGAUUCAAUUCAGACUAAAUGCCAGAUGGUUCGCACGCAAGCUCUACAGUCCAUCAACCACAGUGAUAUGGUCUCCGUCUUUGUCCCAGAAUGCUCUGCAGAGGGAACCUUUCUCCCAGUGCAGUGCCACAACCAAACAGGCUACUGCUGGUGCUCAACACCAGAUGGGAAGCCAGUCGGUGGAACUUCAGUCCUGCACCAAAGACCAAAUUGCACAAGUCAGGUAUCUGAAAAUUAUGUGGUGCCCAAUGUGGAGAUGACUCGCAAAGAGGAGGACACUGAAAUGAGACCAACAGCUGACUACAGUGUCAACCCUCCUGCGCGAGAAAUAACUGCUCCUCCCUUCUGGGUGACCAUUCUGUUAAACUCAGACCCCAGAGGGAAUCGCCAAACCAAGAAACCUACAGACACUCCGAGGACAUGUGAAGUAGACCGAGCCAGGCUGCUAGAUGAAGUGCAGUCCCAGGGAAAAGAGGAGCGCUUUGUGCCUGCUUGUGGUCCAGAUGGGCGCUACCACCCAGUGCAGUGCCACAUUACCACAGGAUACUGCUGGUGUGUGAGGGUGGAAACAGGGCGUCCCUUGCCGGGAACAUCCACCAGGAACCAGGUGCCAGACUGCAGAGCAGAGGAUAUGGCACAUGGCCAGCAGGAAAGUAGAUACAGCAACAGACCUCUAGCAGGCUGCCCUGGCACACAUAAGGAGGAGUUUCUACAGAAACUGGUGAGAGCCUUGCAGCUGGAGGCUCAGCAGGCAGGAGAUUUGUCCAGUUCCUAUUGGAUCGGUGUGCCCCAGUUGGUAUCCACGUCUUCAGUCCCUGACACGUCUUCUCCAGCCCCUCUGGAGUGGGGUAUGCCGCAGCACGGUGGGGAAGAAGGGGCACUCCAGUGGUACUUCCAGACAUUGGAUACAGAUGGCAAUGGAAUACUGAGCGAGCGAGAGCUCCGUCCCUUCCGCCUGUACCUGCGUAGGUGGCUGAAUCCACGUCGAUGCGCUAAGAAGUUUGCACGGUACUGUGACCGCAACAGUGACCGCACUUUGACACGGGCUGAGCUCAUCAAUUGCCUACACCUCUGAGGUGUCAUUACCCAGAACGAAGAGUAAGAAGUAUUGGUAAGGAACAUGAGCUUGUGCAGAGAACAGGUAAAGUAAGGUGUGAAAUAGAAAUACAUCUGCUUUGAGCUGUACGUUGCUUCUGGAGA